AUGCAUGAGCCACAUAGAGCUAUUAUCUUAUCACUGUUUGUUCUCUACCUGAACACAGUUUCAGGCUGUGAACCAUUAGGUAGAUUUAACAUGCCAAGUUUGUUCAAGCAGGGAGACAUUAUGAUUGGGGGGAUUUUCCCAGUUUUCAACAAAGAUAUAAGUAGCACUUGGACAUUUGAGGGUGAGCCACCUGGAGUGAAGUGUGCAAGAUUUGAUGUGAGAGCUUUUCGGUGGACCCAAGUGAUGAUUUUUGCAAUUGAAGAAAUCAACAAUGAUCCUGCUGUCUUGCCAAACAUAUCUCUUGGCUAUAGGAUCCUUAACUCUUGUUCAUCUCCUACAAAUACGUUACGUGCUGCACUAACACUGGCUAGUAGACCAGAGGAGAUAGGUGUGACUUCCCCUUGUCCUCCAGCUAUAUCUGCUCUGAUAGCAGAGGCAGGAUCAUCUCAGUCUUUAGCAGUGGCUGGAACUCUCGGACCAUUUCAAGUGCCAAUAGUAAGUUACUUCUCAACAUGUGCCUGCCUGAGUGACAGAGCCAAAUAUCCUUCAUUUUUUCGGACAAUCCCCAGCGACUACUUCCAGGCAAAAGCUUUGGCAGCACUUGUCAAGCAUUUUGGUUGGCAGUGGAUUGGGGCCAUACAGUCAGACAAUGAUUAUGGGCGAAAUGGGAUCCUAGCAUUUACUGAGGAGGUUAAAAAGCUGGGGGUUUGUGUUGCAUUUGUUGGGACAGUUCUACGUACAUACUCUGAGGAUAAGAUCCUGGAUGUUGUGGAAAUGAUCAAGAAGUCAACUGUCAGAGUCAUCCUGGCUUUUGUCCCAGAGGGUGACUUUUAUCCUUUGAUGAAAGAGGUUGUGAAACAGAACAUUACAGGAAUUCAGUGGAUUGCCAGUGAGGCCUGGAUAACAGCAAUUCAACCCUCUACACCUGAAAUCUACCAAGCUUUUGGUGGAGCCCUAGGAUUUGUGGUACAGAAAAUGGCUAUUCCAAAUUUAAAACCAUUUCUUACAGGCAUCAGCCCUUAUACUGAUCCAAAUGCAGCCUUUGUGAGGGAUUUUUGGGAGUUCAUGGUUGGCUGUAGACCUGUUUCUCAUGGAGAAAUCACGGCUGCUGAGGCAAUAAAUAAAAUAUGCUCAGGCAAUGAAACAUUGAUGGAUAACCAGGAUAUGUUCUUCAAUGUCAGAGAGCUCAGAGUGUCCUAUAAUGUGUAUAAAGCAGUGUAUGCCAUCGCACAUGCCCUCCAUCAGCUGUUAUUCUGUCAACCAGUUGGAGAAAAGAUGGUGAGGCCAUGUUUGAACACAUCUGAAAUUGAGCCCAAACAGGUCACUGAUCAACUACAAAGGGUAAAUUUCAGGGAUCAGUUUGGUCAUAAUGUGUUUUUUGAUGUCAAUGGUGACCCUCCUGCUUCUUAUGAUAUUAUCAACUGGCAGCUGAUAGAUGGGCAAGUGCAACAUGUCACACUGGGUCAUUUUGCCUCUGAUGUUAAUGGCAAUCAUAGACUCAGCAUUCAGGAGGAAGAAAUUGUGUGGAGGACAGGCAAAAUGGUUCCGACAUCGGUGUGCUCUAAUGUUUGUCCAGCAGGAACCAGAAAAGCUCAAAUAAAGGGAAAACCCACCUGCUGCUUUGACUGCAUCACAUGUGCUGAUGGAACUAUAGCCAACUCAACAGGUUCAGCUGACUGUACACCCUGUCCACAGGACUACUGGUCUAAUGAAAGUAAAGAUGAGUGUAUUCCUAAAAUGAUUGAGUUCCUAACAUAUCACGAGCCGAUGGGAAUAGUUAUCACAAUUGUGUCCCUGCUAGGGGCCUCCCUGACUCUGGCCACAAUGAUGGUAUUUCUUCACUACAGAGAAACUCCUGUGAUCAAGGCCAGCAACUCUGAACUCAGCUGUUUCCUUCUGUUUUCACUUUUUCUGUGUUUUCUCUGUCCCCUCACUUUCCUCGGCAGACCUACAGUCUGGACAUGCAUGCUGCGCCACACAGCUUUCGGUGUGACAUUUGCGCUUUGCAUUUCCUGUGUUUUGGGAAAAACAAUUGUUGUCGUUACAGCUUUCAAAGCCACAAUUCCUGGCAACAAAGUUGCAGGAAAGUUUGGUCCUGCACAGCAAAGGAUCAUAGUUUGCUUCUGCACUUUGAUUCAGAUAGUUAUAUGUGUGUUGUGGCUCACCUUGAAACCUCCUUUCCCAGACAUGGUUUUCAAAUACAGCAAUAAGAAGAUCAUUUUAGAAUGUAACACAGGCUCUGAAGCUGCUUUCUAUGCAGUUCUGGGGUACAUAGGAAUCCUUGCAAUAAUAUGUUUGAUCUUGGCAUUUCUAGGAAGAAAAUUGCCUGAUAACUUUAAUGAAGCCAAAUUUAUAACAUUCAGCAUGCUGAUAUUCUGCGCUGUCUGGAUUACUUUUAUCCCAGCAUAUGUCAGCUCCCCUGGAAAGUUCACUGUAGCUGUUGAAAUAUUUGCAAUUUUGUCGUCAGCAAUUGGUUUAUUACUUAGCAUUUUUGCACCUAAAUGUUUCAUAAUAUUUAUCAAGCCAGAGAAAAAUACCAAGAAACAUGUCAUGGGAAAAACUGUGAACAAAAAAAUAUGA